UAAAGGGAAGAUCUGAAACAGCGAACACAAACAGAGAGAGCUUUUCAGUGUCUUCACUUUUAUUGAAAUUAAAGAAAAUUGGAAAGGCUGUCUUUUUGGUUGUUGGAGUUCGUCGUGGUGAACUAUAAAGAGACGAUCGUCAACGUCCUGAGAUUUUUCUUGGGGUUUCUGAUCUAAUCCUGGAUUUCACAGCCUCCAAUUUCACUACUAGGGUUAAUAAAAGGUCCAUGCUUUUUUUGUAAUUGAUCUGAAAAUCCAGAGAUCAGAAAAUGGCAAUGGCUCCAGUUAUAAAGCUGGUUUUAGGAUCAAUAGCCUUUGCCAUUUUCUGGGUAUUAGCAGUGUUUCCCUCUGUGCCGUUCCUACCAAUUGGUCGAACCGCCGGUUCUCUGUUCGGUGCAAUGUUAAUGGUUAUCUUCCAAGUGAUAACCCCGGAACAAGCUUAUGCAGCCAUUGAUCUUCCGAUACUCGGUCUUCUCUUUGGAACAAUGGUUGUUAGUAUAUAUCUUGAGAGAGCUGAUAUGUUCAAGUACUUAGGCACAUUGCUUUCGUGGAAGAGUAAAGGACCUAAAGACUUGCUAUGUCGAGUCUGUCUUGUCUCCGCGGUUUCAAGCGCUCUGUUUACUAACGAUACAUCUUGUGUGGUUUUAACCGAGUUUGUGUUGAAGAUCGCUAGGCAAAAGAACCUCCCGCCUCACCCUUUUUUGCUCGCUUUGGCCACGAGUGCGAAUAUUGGUUCUUCUGCUACUCCCAUUGGGAAUCCACAGAAUCUUGUUAUCGCGGUUCAAAGCAAGAUCCCCUUUUGGGAGUUUCUUCUUGGGGUUUUUCCUGCGAUGAUUGUUGGUAUUACCGUCAAUGCUAUGCUUCUUCUCGGUAUGUAUUGGCGGCUAUUGUCAGAUCAUAAAGAGGACGAAGAAGAAGCAGGAGAAAAUGCGGAUUCUGAAGUUCUUGCUGUUGCUGAAGAAGAUGUCACAUCACAUCGGUUUUCGCCAGCUACAUUUUCACCAGUUGCAUCCGAAGAAUCAAACUUCAGAAUGGAUCCCGAGACGCUUAGAAACAGAGCGGUUUCUGCAGGUGAGAGUGAAUUAAUGAGCCGCGAUUCAAAUGCGUCAAGAGAACAAACUGACGCAGAGUCUCAAGGAGAGAGCAAUGUUUUCCAUACCAAGAAAUGGAGAAGAGUUUUAUGGAAAUCAAGUGUCUAUUUGAUCACAUUAGGAAUGCUGAUAUCUCUGGUUAUGGGUUUAAACAUGUCGUGGACCGCAAUUACUGCAGCUCUAGCUCUUGUCGUUCUUGAUUUUAAAGAUGCAAGGCCGUCUCUCGAGAAGGUAUCAUAUUCGCUAUUGAUCUUCUUCUGCGGGAUGUUCAUUACCGUUGAUGGAUUCAACAAAACAGGUAUCCCUACCGCUCUAUGGGAUCUAAUGGAGCCAUAUGCCAAAAUCGAUGAAGCCAAAGGAACGGCGGUUCUAGCAGUUGUGAUUCUUGUCCUCUCCAAUGUAGCCUCCAAUGUACCAACCGUGCUUUUAUUGGGAGCAAGAGUGGCGGCAUCAGCGAUGGGGAGGGAGGAGGAGAAGAAGGCGUGGUUGUUGCUGGCGUGGGUGAGCACGGUGGCUGGAAACUUGACGUUGCUUGGUUCAGCAGCAAACCUGAUAGUGUGUGAGCAAGCUCGUAGAGCAGUGAGCCAUGGCUACACUCUGACUUUCACUAAACACUUCAAGUUCGGUUUACCUUCAACACUCAUCGUCACUGCCAUUGGUCUCCUCCUUAUCAAGUAAAUCAUAGCUCACUCUGCAUAUAUGCUUUCUUUUCUCUUUGUGAAGGAUUUUCUUCCACACUUUUUGUAAUUCAAUAUUCAUAGCAGUGUCCAUAUUUGUAUCAUUGAAAAACAAACACUAUCACAAUUAUACGUAAUGAAUGGUAUAAGCAGUUUUCAGCUUGAAAACGUGAUUCUACUA